GGGAUGUAACGUAAGAAAAUGACAGACACCAAUGACUCUGCAUGUACACGCCUCCUUCCUCUUUAUAUGCCACGUCUCUCCUCUCUCUCUCUCUCUCUCUCUCUCUGUCUCCCCCCCGAAAUCCGCCAAUGCCGGCCACACUGCGCAAGAACCUCAACCUCUGCUUCACGAGGUGGGAGCCUCCGCUCUCACCCCAAUCCCCGUCCCCACCGUUCUCCGCCACCCCCACCUCCACCCUCAUCAAGAACUUCAACACCCUCUACGACCCCACCCUCCACCCCUCGUCCUCGUCCUCGUCCUCGUCCUCCUCAACCUUCUCGACCUCCGACGCCGCCGCCGCUGACCUUGACCUCGCCGCCGCCUUCGCCUCCCAGCGUUUCUUCUUCUCCUCCCCGGGCCACUCCAACUCCAUCUUCGACUCCGCGCCUUCUGUCGCCGCAGCCGCCGCCGCCGCCCCCAGGCCGGAGCCCGCGGCGUCGCUUGUCGACGACAGCGUCGCCGUCCCCACCUACUCCCCCGACCCCUACGCGGACUUCCGGCGGUCCAUGCAAGAAAUGGUGGAGGCGCGCCAGCUGUUCGACGUAAAGUCCGACUGGGACUUCCUGCACGAGCUGCUCCUGCGCUACCUUGCGCUGAACCCCAAGAGCACCCACAAGUUCAUCGUCGGCGCUUUCGCCGACCUCCUCGUCAGCCUCAUGUCGCAGCCACGGCAACGGAGCGGCCACGGCAGAGUCGAGUAUUCCCACGGUGGCAACGGAUGUAAGAUUUUCCGGCGCCGCAUUAAUUAGAUUACGAUAAACACUAGCAAACCAUGUUUGUGCAGUCGAUUAAACGAAAGAGGGACCACGAUGUCCUAUCCCCGAUGCACAAAAUGAAUUCUUUUUUGUGGGGUAGGCGUCAUAUACGGGCCUUCCCCAUUCUGUGUCUUCAUGUCGUGUACAUCAAAUCAUAUAUAUUCAAAACUAUGGUUCUAUGGAGUAACGUGGCCUACUUAUCACUCUCGUCAAAUAUGGAUUAGUCACUAAGUAG